AGAAUAUCAUCCGUCUCUAAAAAAAUGUCUGCUUUAAUUCAAGUCUUCCUGCUUCUCGCUGUCUUUGCUGGAAUCUCUGAGAUGUGUGGAAGCGUGCAACAUACUGAAACAACAACCACAACCGUUGCUCCAGCUACAGGUGGUGCAAGAAAACGUAGAUCAGUCGAAGGAUCCGGUCUUGUUCACAUCGAAUUCCAAACAACAUUGACGUCUGCUGGAGACGCUGAAUUCUCAAAAAUCGAUGAAUAUGUCCGAGAGGAGUUCGGAGAGCUUUUGAACAAGGCUCAUCAGCAAGUUGCUACUGGAGUUGAAGGUGGAAGUGUUCUGAAGUAUAUGGCCAUCAAUGCUGAUUGCGGAGCUGCUCAACUUUUUGCACAAGCCGUCAAGGAUCUGACUUCUUUCGUCACAAGUGCAACUGUUCGAUGCGAUACCCAAACUUCUACAAUCUAAAGUUAUUCAAACUGUCAUUUUUUAUUAUUUGGGGUUAUGGUGAUUCAAAGUCUUGUUUUAAAUUAAUCAAUAAACAUUUCCGAUCAACAA